CGCCGCCAUGGGGGAGCGGCCGCGGGGCAGCGGCGCCGCCGCCCGGCGCUGAGGGACCGCCGAGCUGGGACGCCAAGGAGCUGCGCUGGGAGGACCCUGUGUGCAGGAUGUUCUCUCCACCAAAGACCUCCCUGUGAGCGGCGAUGAUGCCAGUCCUGGCAGGACCUUGGGAAGCACUGACAUUGCAGUAGCCCAGCAGCCCUGGACGGCCUCUUGCCCCUGGUUCUCCAGCCCCCACCCUCCCAGCGCUCCCCGGGAUGCUGUAUUAACCAAGAGGAACCCUGCUUGUGUCCUCCUCACCCUUCCAUUUUCGGCAGCUCUGGGAUUUGUAUGGCAGCAGCGUAACCGUGGAGAGGCCGGGGUAUCACAAACUUAUGGAUUUUGAUAAGAGAGGAGGGAAAGGGGAGCUGGAGGAAGGUAAAAGAAUGUCCAAGACAGGUGGAGGAAGGAGUGGUCAUGGAGGCCGGGGUGCUGGAACCAACUCGGGAGUCUUAAUGGUGGGUCCCAACUUCCGCGUCGGCAAGAAGAUUGGAUGCGGCAAUUUCGGGGAGCUCCGUCUAGGGAAGAAUCUCUACACAAAUGAAUACGUAGCUAUCAAAUUGGAACCCAUAAAAUCCCGGGCCCCCCAGCUGCACCUGGAGUAUCGGUUCUACAAACAGCUCGGCAAUGCAGAAGGAAUUCCUCAGGUUUACUACUUUGGCCCCUGUGGGAAGUACAACGCCAUGGUGUUGGAGCUGCUCGGACCCAGCCUGGAAGAUCUCUUUGAUCUGUGUGAUCGAACCUUCACGCUCAAAACUGUCCUGAUGAUUGCCAUCCAGCUGAUCACACGGAUGGAGUAUGUGCACACCAAAAGCCUGAUCUACAGAGAUGUGAAGCCAGAGAACUUCCUGGUGGGGCGGCCGGGCAGCAAGCGGCAGCACACCAUCCACAUCAUCGAUUUUGGCCUGGCCAAAGAGUACAUCGACCCCGAGACCAAAAAACACAUCCCCUACCGAGAGCACAAGAGCCUGACAGGGACAGCACGUUACAUGAGCAUCAACACCCACCUGGGGAAAGAACAAAGCCGCAGGGACGACCUGGAAGCAUUAGGGCACAUGUUUAUGUACUUCCUCCGUGGGAGCCUUCCUUGGCAAGGCCUCAAGGCUGACACACUAAAGGAGAGGUACCAGAAGAUCGGUGACACCAAGAGAGCCACCCCAGUGGAGGUGCUCUGUGAGAACUUCCCAGAGGAGAUGGCCACGUACCUGCGCUACGUGCGGCGCCUGGAUUUCUUCGAGAAGCCCGACUACGACUACCUGAGGAAGCUCUUCACAGACUUGUUCGAGAGGAACGGUUACGUGUUCGACUACGAAUACGACUGGGCAGGGAAACCUCUGCCCACCCCCAUUGGCACGAUGCACAGCGAGGUGCAGGUGCAGCCCUCGAACAGAGACAAAGCACAGCCACACACCAAACACCAGCCGCCCGAGGGGACGGAGGUGUGGGAUCCUCAGGCCGGUGGGCAGCCUGCCGAGGAGCCUUUGGGAGCUCACCUGGCAGCCGGCAGGCUCGGGGGGUCCGUGCAGGUGAUGAGCUCCACCAACGGAGAGCUGAACACAGAUGACCCGACGGCAGGACAUUCGAACGCCCCCAUCACAGCCCCCACCGAGGUGGAGGUGACAGACGAUACAAAGUGCUGCUGUUUCUUCAAGAGAAGGAAGAGGAAAACCACCAAGCGUCGCAAGUGAGCAGCCGGGCCCGGGCGGAGCGGCGAGCGCCGGCUCCUCUCGCUCUGGCCGUGGCUGGAUCUCGCCCCGCGGAGCCCGCGGGCCCCGGGGCUGGACGGGGACGGGGGGGCCGGGCCGGACGGGCUCCCCCAGCGCCCCGCGCGCAGCUGGGGAGCGGGGCCUCCCCAAACUGCUUUGUCCUUUCCUCCGCCACUCGUGGCCGUUUACUCGAACCAAGCCCAACUUCGCUGAAGUUCCUGCGUCCGUCAAACAGAAAAAAAAGAAAAAGAGAAAAAACCCACGGCGUCACUUGCUUUGAGUUUAUGACCGGUCUGAAAUGGGGAUCAACUACAGACUCUGACCCGUCGCUGUCAGAAGAAGACGAAGACAAUUUCAAGAGCAGUGGGCUAAGGAGGAAUAUUUUUUUUUUCUGUUGCUUCUUUGUCUCUUAAGUUAAUUUAAAGUGAGUCUCGGUGCAGAGUGCUGAGUCGUCAGUCUUUGACCGUCAUCUUCAGUGUUACCGAAUUCUGCUCUUCCUCCCGGCCCCGCCCCGCGUCCCCGCCGGGUCCCCUCGGUCAGUGGCGAGCGCCGGGCUCGGAGCGGGGAGAGCCGGGGCCGCGGGGGCGGGGAGAGGAAACGCGUUUACAGUUCAUUUACGAUGCACUUUUGCGAGCAAUACAGGCGCCGUCCGGUCCCGCCGAGAGCAGGUCCGAGACUCCCAGGGGCUGGGGGACACAGGGACAGGGACGGCCGAGACCAAAGGGACCCAUGAAUGGCGGUGGCAAAGCAGGGAGGGGAAGCGAAGCAGCCUCGUCUCUGGUGCUGCCAUGUCUUGGGGCUGGAUGUUGGUGUGGGCAGGGCUUGAUCGGCCUCUUGGUUUUACAGCCUGAGCCCCCCGAGGGGCCGGGGCUGGGGCCGGG